AUGGCCGCAGAGAAAAAGCCUCUUCCACGCUUCCACUUUGUCGACGAGAAUGACCCCGAGAAGCGCCACAAGUCCCGGGCGCAUCUUGCAAGGGAGUUGCACCGGAUGAAGCGUCAGCGCAGAAAAGUCCAUCUCUCAAACCUCGCCGUUUCCCACACAGAUCUGCGCUUCGACCAAUUCAAAUGGCCCAUCGAUGUCGCGCUCAGGGCUGCCUGUCCACCGACCGUCCAUCUCCCUCUCCAAACGGCCUCGGACAGAUGUCUCUUUCAUCACUAUACCACUGUGAUGCCGGAGCUGUACAGAGCACGAUGGAAACACAUGGGCGACGCAAAUGCCGUGAGAGACCUGUUCCAGCUCUACUCCCGUGACGAGGUGUCUUUCCGGGCCAUGUUGUUCGAUGCCGCAACUCAUCGGUCAGCCCUGCAGGGGAUACAAGCUCCGCUGGAAUACGAGAACCAGCUUCUGCGAAGUGUCAGGUCCAACCUACACACUCCCAGCACGGGUGUCAUUCUGGGCACGGCCCUUCUCUGCAGCCUCAAGUGUAUGGAAGGGGCCGACGGUGCCUCACACUGGCUGGCGUUCAGGGAGAUGAUAUCGUUACACGGUGGCCUGUCUUCGUUUGUGGGCGACUAUCUCAUGUUCACAAAGCUCGUUUGGACCUUCGUGGCCCUGCCCGGACCUCUGACGGGGUUCGACUUCGCUCCAGAUCUAGAGGCCGGACUUAGGGAUCUCAAUGACCUGCUUCGAAGUCGUCAGAAAGCCCUGGUGGAUCUUUUACCCACCUCCGAGGCAGAGAUGGAUCGCUUGACCGACUUGAGGAGAAUCAAGGCGUUUCAAGCCUCGACCAUGAAGAAGCUGCUUCAGACACCAACCUCGGAACAUCCAACGGAACGGAACUGCCGCCUAGCAGUCAUUUUGUUCCUCACAUCGGCACUCAUGCAGCACGGAGAUUUUGACCCGGCGACUGAUUCGUGCAUCGACGCCAUCAGCCAGCACCUCGAAGAAGCCCGCGACGACGCGUCGAUAUCGCCUGUCCACCUGAUGUGGUUCUUGGUCCGGCUGAGCGUCUCGGCCUCGAUUGGCGAGAGGUACGCCCAGGUCUGGAUCGGGGUCGUACGCAUGUUGGCGGCGUUUCACCGACUGGCGCCCCGGGUGCAGAAUGAUGCCGAGAGACUUCUUUUCACGUCGCUGGAGAUGCCCGAGAUGGUUGACCGCCAUAUACACUCCGGAUGGGGACUCGAUGCGGAAUUGCAGAUCGAUGCAGACCCAAUGCGUCGUCGGAUAGUGCACGGUCGCUCCGUCCCCGCAGAGUGCUUUUGCGAGCUCCUCUGGUUCACGGCGCCUCCGGAUGGAUAG